GUCGGCUUCAUUCGCGCCAGUAUUGCAGCGAGCAGCUCUUUGUCUUCUUUUUUUUAACCGUUAACCGCGAUUUAGCACGCUGCUAACACAUCCACGACGUCGGAGUCACGAUGUAAGCGCGCGCGACAUGAAAUCGAAACAUCUGCAACGCGGGGUCGCAUGUCAAACGAACGGCGAACCAUUGUCGCUAGCAGUCGGUAACGAGACGGCGCGAAUAAAUAAUUAAAUCGAUAAUGAAACUCGAAAGUGGUUCCGACACGUUACGUAGUAUACGGGCCCGUCGAUUGCAAGUCGCGCAGUUUCUGAUAGCGCGAUCGGAGCAGACGAUGCGGCUGCGGACGGUACCGUAUCCUGAAUGUGGCACGCCGCCAUGGUUUGUAAACAAAGUGGACGCUACAGGAACAUUCCGAAACCGGCGCAUUAUGGAAGGCCAGAAGAUGGCAGCGAUAAUUAUCCUUCGGUUUCCUUUUUUUUUUUUUUCUGGCAGACGAGUGGUUGCAGACGAGUUAAUGAUCUCGGCGAUAACGGCUGUCGCGAUCCAGUGGCGACGAGCGACGACGUGCGGGGCACGAAGACGCCCGGGCACAACAGCGCAUGCGCCAACAGCCGAGAAUUGCGCUUAAAUUUUGCCCCAAGAAGCUGCCGCCGAGUGGGCCGCCCUUCACUGUGGGCUUCACGCCGCUGCCGCGCGUGUCAGUUGAACCUCUGCGUCGUACCGUCUAUGCUCUGGCAGCGAUAGUCGACCACAUCACCAACCCCGAAAGAGCCACGGAUUCCGGCGCUGGCUUCUCUUGUACGGCGUGCUUCGAAGCUUUCUGUCGCCGCGGCUGCACCACAUACGGCCAUGGACUUCUGCAACUGCGGUUACGGGACUCUCUUUUGCUCCGGAAUUCUCGCACGGCCCACUACAGCUUCCGGAAUACGUAUUACGCGACGGGCGGCGGCCAUUCCAUCCGGUCUCAAACCUGAGCUGUCACGCCUGAUGCCAACGACGCCGUUGCUGCCGACAAGUCUCAAGUCGCGUCUGCCGCGGUAUUUUCUUUUGUGCGCGUUUCCCAACGAACGGACUGACCAUACCAUUCGACCGAGGGACAACGAGGCAACUGUCGUCGGCGGCUGCGUCAACUACCUUGUGAGGUGCAGCUCUUGGAACCAAGUGACCGUGGCACUACCCCCGAAGGACAACGCAGCAACUGAUCUCCGCUGCGUAGCCUCGGCAUCUAAACGCCGAGCACUGGUUGUGAGGUUCCUGACGAAGAGGUACAUAGGAGAGUAUGACCACCAAACAGAAAACAGGUACAAAAGUGAGAUGAUGGUGGACGGCGAGCCCGUUCUCUUUGAAAUCCUGGACACCUGUCGAAGGAGCGAGGACGAACUCCCUCGGGACGAGAUCCUGCAGUGGGCGGACGGCUUCAUGCUCGUCUACUCCAUCGUGGACCGGGCCAGCUUCCGCUACCUGGGGCUCCUGCGCCGCCACCUGAACAACACGCUGCCCAACCUGCACAGGGCGGCCACUCUCUCCCACUCGGGCGGGGGCCCCGCGGGGGCCGGUGGCGCCCCCCAGCAGCAGGCGCAGCAGGCGCCCGUGCCGGCGCCCGUGUGCAUCGUGGCCAACAAGGCCGACCUCAUACACCUCAGGCAGGUGAGCACUGAGGAAGGUGAGAUCCUGGCCAAGGACGCGGACGACGGAUUUGUCGAGCUCACGGCCUCCGAGCAGGUGCACCAGGUGGCGCAGGCGUUCGCCGACCUCUGUCGCGACGUCUACGCCCACAGGAGGCGCUCCAAGCAGUCGCUGCUCGACCGGGUCUUCUUCGCCGGCACCAAGAGCAUCGCGGCCAAAGCGAAUGACCCCGCGGGAGGGCGCAAGUGAACGCACCGACGACGAUGACGUCACGCAGGCCUCCUCGACCUUCGUACUUCUCUUUUUGUUUUGGGUAUCACUCUGUAAGUAGGGGUGCACUGAUAUUCGAAGUUUUCGAAUACGAAUCGAAACACUUUUGUUUUGAGAGCGUAAGUAUUCGAUUCGAGAAUGAUGCCAUUCGGAAAUUGGGACUGACUCUCAGAAUUAGGAAUUCCAAUAUAUUCAUUUGAAAAUUUGAGUUUGUUCAAUAUUGAGAAAUUGUUUGAAUGUUGCGAACGCGAUAAAAAAAUUGAAUUUUUGAAAUAAACUUAAUCGCCUAAUGCGCAGAAAUCAGUGCGCAGAAUUUCGAUUCAGGAUUUGAAAUUUGAAGUCUAUAUAUUGCGAACUCAAGUUUGAGAAUUGGACUUCUUAGAAUUCACACAAUGGCUGAUUAUGUUGGUCUACUACGAUUGUUGGAGCUGACCUGCUUUGCAAAAUGAUCCACGUGGUCCAUUCAUCAUAUGCAAAUAGUCCAUGCGAUCUACCAGCAGACCUCAGUGCCUGUUGUAAGGCAACUAGGAACUUCGAUGUCCUUUCAGCUUUUCCUCAGUGAAGAGCAGCUCAAUUGAACGGACUGCCAAAUAGCGUUGCUUGCAAUAAAGGCAAUAAAAAAUUUGUUUCAGCAGUGUUCUCGAACUUUGUUUACCUAUUCUUUGGAGGUAGAAGAAAAUGUUCGGCGAUUGAUUGGAUACUUAGAAGCCUCGCUUUUGCUUAAACAUUUGUAAACGAUUCGAUUCGAAAAUUUCGCUAUUCAAACACCCCCACUAAAAAGGAUUACAAUGGGGAUUUAUGGAAAAUGGCGCUGUGUGUAGACAAGACAUACACGGGGAAGUGGACAAGCAGUGCUUCGUUGGUUCUCCGUUUUUGUGGCCAAAAUGUUUCUCCUUUCUCUUCAUUGUGGUCUGUCAUCUGAAACUAGAAUGCUAUGCACAUGAGACUAAAGUCAAGUGGUUAGCAGUUAGAAACGAGAAGUAUUUAAUAUUUUCUUACUUCUAAGGACUUUGAUGCCACAGUGACACACUUUAACAUUUGUUUUGUAGGGGUGAACGCCAAGAACCUUUCACAUUUGUUUUCCUUACUUGUGAAAUGUAUUGGGGAGAACUUUGAACACACUGUGUGAAAAUAUAGACGUAGCAAUGGCACCUUGCAACAUGGUAACGUGGCUUUGCUGAUGUAUUUUUGGAACAAGACUGUAAAAAAAGGGUUGCGCGAUACGAUGUUAAAAAGAUGACGAUAAAGCAAAUCGUCACACAGCUAACAUAUAAGAGAAGGUGAGGCAAAAUACUGAGGCCCAUUAGGCUCGCAAUAUAAGCUGACCUUAGUUAAGCUAUCCAGGUGAAAAAGUUCUACGAGGAAUGUAUGCACCAAAAUGAGAUGGGUGUCUCAGUCUUAAAUCUGACGUCUUGUCGGAACGACAAAGUUUUCAAAAUAACUUUCUUGCGUCUGGAUUUAGCAAAGGAACAAGCUAAGUCACAAGAAAGCAAACGAAGGCAAUUCCUAACCUUCAACCAUAAGUAUGUAGAAAAGAAUAGCCCAAACAAAGAUUUACUGGUACAGGCUUCUGUUGUAAUUACAAGGUGUCCGAAUUAAGACAUGGUGUCGCACUGCAAUAAAAUUCAGUUUGUCUUGACGCAAAAGCCGAUGUCAUAUAGGUAGAACAAGACAUUUAUUGCUGAGGCAGAACGUUAUGCUACGACGGCAACAGCACCUUCGGAGGCAUCACAUAAUCUUCUGCUAUUGCAACUAAACAUAUUCUUUUGUCUUCAAACAGUGCAGGAAAGGGGACAUCAAGAAUCGGCGCAACUUCGGGUUUUAAGUGAUUACAAUUAUCCAGACUAACAAAUUAAACACAAUUUUUAUGAUGAUCAUGCACUUGUAAUCUCGAGUAUUGAGGGAAGGAAAAGAAUUCAUUUGUUAGCCGGAUGAUAGUUUCUACUUCUCUCUUCAUUGUUAUGAUAAGUGAUCACCACCAUCGUAUACUUAUCGGUGUCAAAUCUUCAAUGCAAGUCAACUAUAUAGAAAUAACCCUGCCGGUGGUGCUCGUAGUAAAAGAAGUAUUACCAACGAAAGGAUGCCAACAAAAGUCUUGUUAAAGAGAGCAAACUGAUCGUGUAUAAUGCCUGCACAAAGUACAGAAUGAACGAUACCGCAAGAAGAAAGAAUACAAGCCAUUGCAGAGUCGUGCACUGUUUUGUGCCUGAAUAAUAGCGUUGUGCCUAUCACCCCAAAAAAGAAACCACGGAGCAAAAUGUUUCUCUCUAAGGGAUCCCUCUCUUACAAUGCAGUGUAAAAACGCACAAUGGUUUCAUAAGAUAGUACCAAUUGCGUUCAUAAGAGCGUACUUUUUUCUCUACAGCGUGUGAUUGAUAUUCAAGUUUUUACACAAGUAACCAACACCAAGAUAGGUGGCUUGACUUGGCAUUGUCAAGACUUGGUGUCAGCACUUAUGACUGACGCUUCUGCCAAAGCGGUUUGUGUGGUCAAAAACGGAGAUCGUACAUCUCCUUGGCAUUUCUGUCCAAAGUAGAAUGUCGUGCUUCAUAAGUUUUGUCUUGGUAAUCUCACAUAAUCAGACAGCAUGCGAAAGACUUGCACUUGUGAAAAGUAGCAUGCAAGAGCUACGAAAUUCGUAUUUGUGGAAGUGUUAAGGCUUCACAUGUUGUUGUGAUAGUCUCUACCGAAGCAAUGCAACAUCUUCACAACAUCACGUUAUGACUUAAGUUUGGACGAAAGAUUUUGCCUAGCCACAUUUUGAUGCAUCUUCCUGGGUGACGUCGUCACGGAACCAUACAGUUGGCACAUUCUGGCACAAGUAGGAAUUAACUGUGGUGAAAUAGCAUGCCGAAGGUACCUUCUUCCAGGUCUGAGACGUUGCAUACACGAGGUGUCGAAAACUAGCUUUGCUCUUUCAUAAUCUUUAGCCUGGAGCGUGCAAUGCUGUCACUCUUAUUGUAAGGAUAAUUAUUGUAGGAAACGGGCCAGUGCCAGCAUUCUAUACAUCUGGCUGAUGGUGUGACACUGGGGCUGGGGCAAAGUAGCAUAAAAGGAGUGCAAAUCGUUGUGGGAACUGAGCAGUUCCUCAAUGCACUGUCAGCUAUGCAAUCCUCACUGUCCUAAUGUCUGUCGCAGUCUAAUAUGACGUCCGUGACAACGUGCAAAAGAAACCACGCGACGGGCCUGGAGACCAAUGUACGUUUGCCAUAAUAGCAACGACAUUGUAUGGCAAUACAAACUUCCAUUCUCCAUAAUAAAUGCGCCACAAAUUUGUGGCGCUGACACAACACCAUUAAGAAUAUAUUGGCAAUGUUAUCGGUGCUUGGUUUGGGAAAGAGUAGUAGGUUUUGCAGCGCAAGUGAUGUGCAUCUUCAAAAUUGACCCAUACCUUCUGGAAAGUGUUCUAGCAACCUUCUGGAUGGAAUGCUCACUGCGUUCGCCUAAGUGUUGUAUAUUUCAAGGUUUUAUCAAAUUCUGUCUAAAACAGGGGGAUGCCACAGAUUUAAUAGACCACGGCUGCCUAGAAUGUCUGAUUUUCAGCCUUCAAGUGCAUUUUAACUGAAAACAAGAAGCUGCAUGCUGAUUCAGCAGCACUGCAGUGGGCAAUAAGCAUUUGACAUCUUAGCCAGUGUCAUUCUGAUUCUUCGGUCGCUCACUUUAUAUACACGGUAGGUAUGAUUUUGCGUGUAGCUGUUGCUUUGCCGAGCUGAUAUGUAAUACAAAAAUGAAACUAGGCCGACGCAUGCAAAUGUCUGAAAACUGCUGACUUGCGUAAGAAAAUGACUGUCGUCAGCCGAUGCAACGUGCGUAUGCGAAUUUAGUUAGGACGAAAGCUUUCUGCAUAAGCAAGACGUUACCAUAUUUGUAAGGUAGUUCAGAGCAAGAUUAGUUGAAAGGGCACCAUGAAAUGCAUAUAUGGCGGAGCGAAAAAUGUUUGUUGGCAUUUAAAAAGCAUACGCGGAGUCCACAACUGCUGGGGACACCUAUUUUGAUGAUGUUUUGCUCCAACGACAACGAGAGCUUGGUGUUGAAGAUAUCGAACGCGUUGGUUAGUUACACCCGGGAGAACCGCUACACAAUAUUAGUCCCUUUCAUCACUCGUUGUCAUGCGGUUGCAUGUGUCCAGACAUAUAUAGAUAACGUUACUCGCAAGCCAUUUGCUCAUGCGCAGUGAACGAUCCCCGAAAAGAAGCCAUUGUUCACGCAGACAUGUUCAUCGUAACCUCGUCUUACGCCUAUAGGAGGUUGCCACUCGCCGUAGCUGUGUAGGGGGUCGCACACUCUAGCGCACAGCCGUGACUCGUGCUCAACACUUACCAUCCACCCACUCUGCAUCACGAAACAAUCUCGAGAUUGUACCUGAAGAAUAAUGCAGCAAGACAUGUGAUGUAAGAUGCGUGUCAUCUAGUCUAGGCGCCCACUCCUUUGUAAUGGGCAGUGGGCCACGAUCGUUGUAGUGUCUCGGUGUUAAUCGCUCACAAACACGCAUGCAAUUUACCGUAGAGCGUGGGGGCUUUACCCACGCUCACACUUUUCCGCCGCACGUGACUCAACUCGUCUUCAGCGCACUCAAUAACCGUGCAGGUUUUGAACACUGCAAGCUCCAUCUGACAUUGUCUCAUUUUGGCAGCUUAUGUCACGUGGGGGAGAUGAGAGAUUUGUUGCUUGUCGUUCUCCUACUGUGUACUAAGAAAGCCAUGCACUCUGUUAUAUGUAUUCUUCAUGCCGGUUCUGCCAGUCCCGUACUGCCCGUUAUUUGAUGAGUUGGAGAGUUGGUUGUCCUUGGUUCUUUGUGAGCUGGAUACUUAUAGAAAAUGUAUUCUGCCUAACGGUUCCUGUGAAAUUACGAGAGGUGGCCUGCUUGUUUCUUGGGAAUUCAAGAGGGUUUGCGACCCGCAAGAUGAACGUUGCUGGUAACUGGACGACAACUGGCACUGAAUAUUCGAAGUGGCCUGUCGAAGCAUUCUAAACUUCAGUUUUCUUUUCUAAACGUCACCCAAGCCCCACUAGCCAGCAAAGGACUUAGUGCCACAUGAACCCGCUUCUCGUCAUUUCGUCUAUGGGCACAGUAUUGCCGAUGAACAUUUUUGGUCGCACAUAGGACACUAGCUCCCAACCUAUUCUGUUUCGAUUAACUUUUGUUUUUGUGUUGUGCAAUCUCUCGGGAUAUUGUGGUAGUCAUUGUUAGGCCUGAUGUGUUGUGCACUCGAAAUUUUGAACUUCAAAUGCAUUCUAUUGUGGUGACAGUGUUGCCUUGAUGUAUAAUCUUGCCGAUGCACCUGCUUAUAAUGUGUAUUUCUGUGCACUUUUGCCGAAGCGAAACGAAGUGUUUCCCUCUGAGGUGUCAAAUUUUACUUAUUCAGUAAUUGCUUUCGACUAAACUAGAACCGGCCGCACAUUGAGCCACCAUGUUACUGCCACAAUAGACAACAUAAACAAUAUCUCGUAGGCCGCGCAUGGGUCAACACAUCCAGGAAUGUGUGAAAACACGCGUAAUGUUUCUGAUCGUGUACUUUUUAAAUGUGUCGCACUUUGUCGUGUUUGCACGCAUAAGUAGCGCGGCGCUGCGCAUUGCACAUGAACACUGCAAGCGACGGGGCUUUCGUUUGAAGAUAAACUGUUAUUCUAGUCCUAUAUAAGCGAUACUAUGUGUGACAUUUUUGCAAAUAUAUAUUUCACUUGUGUGGUGGAACCUACGUGGAACAAGAUUAAGAUGUCGCACUUAAGGUAACUUAUGUGGAAAGAUACAGUCACAGGGAUGGGAAGCUCGGUCGAAGGAAGAGCGGACUUUCAGAGACAUUUGUUUCAUGCAGGUGCUACCCAGUAAGCGGCACAUAUUUGCAAAUGUGUUUUUGUUACUUAGUAACGUGUCAUUUUUUUGAACACUUUGAAAGUUGUGCAUUGGCAUAGGCAUUAAAGGAGCCAUCUACAUGCCAGUGGAAAAUAUGUACCGUAAGGGUUGUAAAAAUAUGUUAAAAGGUUGGAUAUCCUGAACGAAACAGAGCACUGUACCAAGGACCGUACGUGCAUUAUUGUGUAUUUUUUGUCAGACGCCAGAGAUGGCGUGGUACUUUUGAUAAACUCAAAAGGAGUGGGGCUGGGGUGACAGAACGUAAACUGCUAAUACAACGUGCUCUGGGUCCAGUUAAGGAAGUCUAGGCUGCAGAAUUCGGAGCUCGCGGUACGGUGUCGCUCACAGUCCAUGUAUUCAUGAGGUAGUUUAAAGCCAAAAUUUGAAGUGGAAUUUCUUUAGAUGAACUGACGCAUUGUUAGCUCUUGAAAAACAAUAAUUUAGCUCGCUUUUUAAAUUGUCGUAAAUAUUACAUGGUUUUUGAAUUAACUAAAAAUGAAGACCUUCCUGUGUCAUUCAUGAGCAAUGCGAAGGUGCAUGUGAUUUGCACCACUCGUGUGUAUGUAUAUAUUUAUAUAAAUGUGUAAAUGUAUUUUUCCCACGUUCUGUCAGAGGGAAGUGAGUGACUUUGAUGCUUAGUUGCGUUAAACAGGCUGUUCUCUAGUCAGUUUAUCGUAAUAUACGCACUGUUUUAUUUGUACAGGACACAGUUUUGCUGUUUUGUGGUGUACGUACGUGGUUUUUUUGAAAGGACGUUUAGGUGUCCAGUGCUGUUUCGUACAUGUGUGCUAUGCUUCCGAGUGUCCGCGAAUUGUACUUUUUCGUACUUGUUCUGGGCAGCACACAGUACCAGUGCACACCUUGCCUAUCGACCAACACAAGAUAGGAAUAAAUCUUGUUCGCUUAACGCUCAGUUUAGCAUCGUCAAGGAAACAGUUUUUCUGGCUCAAUAUACGUGUUUUAGGAUAUCUCCUUGCACAUACCUUUUUCUUAGCUUGAUAUUGUUACUAUAAUGCAAAAGUGAAGCAAAAGUGUAAAAAAGGUGCACAGACACUGUCAGCGUUACGUGGAAUUUUGUGUGUGGCACAGAAUUGGCAGUGUUGUCUUAAUGUUGAAUUGAGUUUAAGAAUUGAACCAUAAUCACAUGAGGAUUUGAUGAACGAAAAUGUACUAGGAGCUGCAGAACAAGCGUGAAAAAGGAAGAGGCUGACGAAAAUUAGUGCUUCACAUGUACUACGUUUGAAGGCCAGGAGAAUAGCAUAGAAACAGGCUUCACGUUUUUGUGUGGAAUGUUCAACAAAACAUCCGUUUGAUCUUAAUUCUAAAGCAUCAGCGCUUCUGAUUUCUUCAGUGCACGUUUGGAAUGACGUAAUUUAGUAUUACAAAAUUUAAAUGAUUCAAUAGUGAUUAAUCUAAUCUAGAUGGAGAUACGUUAGAUGUUGAAAAGAAAAUGUGGAUAGUAUUUCAUGAUACAAAGCCUAAAAAAGUGAUCGUAUCCCGAGACGCUUGCUGAGGUUGUGCGGUUGGCAUGUGUGCGGCCGGUGAUGCUGUGCUGCUACAAUCCUCGAAUACUAUAUAGUAUUGUUUAUUUUGAUAUAUUGUAAGUUACGCCCUUAACCGUCCUUGCAAAUAAUUUUGGUUUCAAUUUGUAGGCAUACAGUUGAACCUUGGUUGCCGAAAACUGCUGCUGUCAGUUCAAUUUAGGACCACUUUACGAAAACCAACAGUUUGUUGUGCAUCGUGUCGAGUCAUUUGUUUUUUGUUGCACACUAAUUUGUAAUCAAAGGUGAUGUUUCCUUUAAAGCUUAAAGUGUGCUAUUACGCUCGUUUUAACGAAGUCAUUCAGCUGAAUUAUAUUCGACAAAGCUAGUUCCGAAGAUGCCAACGACGUACCACUUGUUUUCUCCGCAAGAAGUGACCUGACUAAAUGCUGUCGUGGUGUUGUGAUUUGAAGAUGAAUUGACAGCACGGGGAAAAUGUGGUACUUUCCAUGGAGAAAACACGUUUUUCAUCUUUUUGCAUUGUCACACGAAUUAACAUUUUAAAUACUCUUUCCUCUGCCCUGAAAGUUUCUUGCGGAGAACUGUGCUAUCUCAAGGACCGGGGAAAGUUUUGUAUACAACACAAACGAACUUCCAACUUAUAUUCUGCGCGGCUUGGCCGCAAACUUGUUGCAUUUCAGCUGAAUAUGCUGUAAAGAAGACCUGUUUACUCCAAAGAACGAUGUCCCCAUGGUAGUGUCAGAGUACGAGACAGACGGCAUGACUAGUUGACCAGGUGACGUCCACGUGGGGUACCGAACAGAACGACCUCAAAUGCAAUCACAGAGUUCAGUUAGUUUCCCCCGGACAAGAAUCACUGGCUGCGAUUUUUGAAGUAUGUAGAAAUUGUGGGUACAGGAGGCAGACGUAAAGUACUGGCAGUAGUUUUUUAUUGGAAAUGGGCAGGGAAGAGCGAAAUAAAAACGGUUUCUGCUUCCUAACGGUCUCCCUUUUAAGAGCACAGCAAGGCUAUGCUGCGGCCAUGGAACUUAUCCAAGGUAACUGAGGACAAUAGAGAGAAAGAGAGGAAAUUUGCAAUAAUAUUGCUAAAAAACAAAGGAAGCACCAUAAAUAAACCUAACUUAAAAGAUACUCCAAAAAUGAAAUAAAUCAGAAAUAACAAGUAAAGAAAGAAAUGUCAAAUUAUCUUGCGGCUGAGUGGAGGUACUCUACGACUUUUGCCUCAAGGAUUUACUGUGCCUAUGUUAUACCAAGCAAGAUCUUCCCAAGCAGUACAUUAAUAGGUGGCCGUUGUGGGAUAACGUUAACAUUAAGACGCUUUGCGAGCAAAAUGCAGAAAAGGAAAUGAUUGAAAAUCAUUUUGGCUUCGUACGCUGUUUAAAAAGCAAUACAAUUAAAUUACGGUGGCACUAAAUAGGAUAAACUUUAUUUUUGGUCUUGUUACUCUGGACUGGCACACGUCGGCGAUAGUUACUUAAAAAAUAUUUUACGAUAGACCUAACUCUUCAGCUUACGCAUGCAUAAGUAAUUUCGCUUUAUUGUAUUGGGUAAUACGAACCUCUCUCUGGACGUCUUUUUGCAUAGUUUCGUUUAGUUGUCUAGAGAGCUACAACAAUAUAGUUUUUUUUUCGGCGCGCUGCUUAUAGUUUCUUUUAUUGUUUACAAAGUGUUUAUUAGUGUGUUUGUAUUUCUCCAGAUGUGUUUUUAAAGGGACACCAACGAGAAAUAAUAAAUUAAUUGAUUCUUGUAAAGCAUUGAUUCAAGACUAUUAUCGCUCAUUAGGCGGUCAAGGGUACUUUACCAGCAAGGGUAACAAAGGUCAAUGUUCGCCGCAUUUUGCGCUGAAACAUUAGAGCCACACGCCAGUGUGACGUCACGGAUUUCAAAGUACUUUCUAGUACUUGGGUUUUUCUAGUACAGAAUCAGUUCUAUAAAAUCACCAAGUCUGUCCUUGGAUGUUUGAGAAUGCAACGUAGUCGUUCUAUGUCAAUGAACGAUGAAAUGAAUUGAGAAUACGCCCUCAAAAAUUUAUGACGUCAUAGGAAGCUGGUGCUGGAUCCUCUGUGUGCCGUCGCGAAAUGCAUUCGACGAUUGCCAUUUUUUAAUUAUUUAAUUAAGGUUUUCUCUGUGACUGCUCAGCUACUGUAGAAAUGUAAUUUAAUAAUGCUGCCGAACUUAGUUCUCUCCUUAGUGUCCCUUUAACAUUCUUCUAGUCGCCUAUGUGCGUCCUUCUAUGUCCCGUACGUUGUCCCAUUUCGACGGUGUGAACGUGUUGUUUUGAAAAAAAAAAGAAACUAUUUAUAUCUCUGUUUCAAUUUGCACAGAUCUACCUGACGAUGUGUGCGAGUGACGACGCCUUUGUGUGCAGCGGAUGCGCGUAAUAAAAUAAAAACGCGGUAUACACAUAAAAUGAAAAAAAAUAAAUAAAGAAUGGCUAGUGCCUUAA